UCGACCUGUCUUCUUCUCCAAGCGUCAGGAAUGGCAUCCAAAUCCCUCAUCACCUUCAUCCUCGCCCUCUUUGUGGCCUUGUGCUUCAUCCUCGCCCCGGGGGCGGACGCUGCCAAGGGCCCUGUCAUCACCAACAAGGUGUACUUUGAUAUCGAGCAUGGGGGCAAGCCUCUCGGACGAGUCGUCAUGGGUCUUUACGGCAAGACCGUCCCCAAGACUGUCGAAAACUUCCGUGCCCUUGCUGUUGGCAAGAACGCUGAAGGCGAGGACCUCGGUUAUGGCUACGAGGGUUCCAAAUUCCACCGAAUCAUCAAGAACUUCAUGAUCCAGGGUGGUGACUUUACCAAGGGCGACGGUACUGGCGGCAAGUCUAUCUACGGUAACAAGUUUGCCGAUGAGAACUUCAAGCUCAAGCACACUGGUCCCGGUACUCUCUCCAUGGCCAACGCCGGUAGGGACACCAACGGCAGUCAGUUCUUCAUCUGCACCAUCAAGACCUCUUGGCUCGAUGGCAAGCACGUCGUCUUUGGCCACGUUAUCGAGGGUUUGGACGUCGUGAUGGCUAUGGAGGCUGUCAAGACCGGCCGAGGCGACAAGCCCGUUGAGGAGGUCAGGAUUGCUGCUUCCGGAGAGCUUCCCAUCGAACACGAGACCGAUGAGUCUGGCAACCAGGCAGACCCGGAUCAAGCAACCGGAACCGACAUCAUCGACGAUCCUCAAGAAGGGGGCGAUCCCCUGCCGGUGGACGAGUUUGACCUCGGCGCGGAGGAUGCAGAGGACAACGAAGAGUACGCCACUAUCGCUUCGCCUGGCAAGUACUUUAUCCUUUUGGUACUCUUUGUGGUGGCUCCUGUGGGGGCUGGGGUGUACUUCUACGGAGGAGGGAAGGAGAGGGUCAAGCAGUGGAGGGGGCAGGGGUACGAGAAGGUGGAGGAGGAGCGGGUGUAA